AUGGGUAUGUUAUAAGUUUGUUAGGACAGAGAAUUGAAGAAUAGAAAAUUCUGGUUGUAUCCAGUUGUGGUACCAAUUCCUAAAAUAACAUACAAAAUUUGGAAUGGUAGGGGAAGUGAUGCUUAUAUUGGUUCAACACAGCUAAUUGCUGUAGAAAGUCCAAAUGGAAGUUGA